CUAUUUUUUCAGCGUGUCGAUCGAUCGUGUCGCGUGCUCAGAGUACCCUCGAAGUUGUGUGUGCUUUGUCUUUAUCGCUCGUUCUGCGCUGUUAUUUACGGAUUUUUGUUAGUUUUAAACUUUUACUGGAAAAAUGAGCGGAGGUGUCUAUGGUGGAGAUGAAGUUGGAGCUCUAGUGUUUGAUGUUGGCUCAUAUUCAAUCAGAGCAGGUUAUGCUGGUGAAGACUCUCCAAAAGCAGACUUUCCUACGAUAGUUGGUGUUGUUGAUAAUAAAGAUGAAAAAGCCAUGGAGGUUGAUGGAGAUUCAGGUCAAACGAUAAAGGAAAGUAAAAGCAAGAAGUAUGUCAUCGACACAAAUGCACUUCACUUCCCCAGAGAAGGAAUGGAGUUGGUCCACCCUCUCAAGGAUGGAAUGAUUGAGGAUUGGGAUAUAUUUGAAAAUCUUGUGGAUCACCUGUACAAGAAACAUGUUCGCUCAGACCCUCUCCAGCAUCCAGUUCUAAUGUCCGAAGUCCCGUGGAACAGUAGAAACAAGCGGGAACGACUGACCGAAUUAAUGUUCGAGCACUACAACAUUCCUGCUUUCUUCUUAUGCAAGAAUGCAGUACUUACGGCCUUUGCUAAUGGCCGUGCUACAGGUCUGGUUGUUGACAGUGGUGCUACUCAAACAACUGCCACACCGGUGCAUGAUGGGUACGUGCUACAACAAGGUAUUGUGAAGAGUCCGAUUGCUGGUGAUUUUAUAACAAUGCAAUGUAAGGAGUUACUAGACAACCUCAGGAUUGAAGUUACACCAACGUACCUGGUGGAAUCCAAGGAAGUUGUAAAAGAGGAGCAACCAGCAAUCUUUAAGAAACGUUCUGUACCAAAUGUCACAAAAUCCUGGCACAAUUAUAUGGUAAAGAAGGUUAUACAAGACUUCCAGGCCUCCACCCUGCAAAUAUAUGACACAACUCCAGAUGAAGAUGAAAUGGCACAACUUCCAACUGCCUUGUAUGAAUUCCCUAAUGGAUACCAUCAGGAAUUUGGCCAGGAAAGAAUCAAGAUCCCUGAAGGAUUAUUUGAUCCGUCCAAUGCAGAGGGAUUUGAAGGAAACACUGUUCUAGGCUUGACGUCCGUUGUGAAUACCAGUGUUGGAAUGUGUGACAUCGACAUCAGACCA